AUAACUGCAAUAGUUAUAGGUGGGGCAGUUAUAACUGCCCCCACCUAUAACUGUUAUUAUUUAGGACCGUGUUGUUCAGCGUACCAGCAGUUAGCUCAGCUAGCAGGAGCUCGGCGCAUAGCAAUCCGCUUUGUUCUCUCGUAACCUACAGCCAUGGCCUCUUUCCCUCCACACAACUUCUCCUGGGUUGAACCCGGUAAGCUGGCCGGGUUGGCCAUGCCCAGGAUGCAGAGUGAAUACCGCUACCUGCUGGACAACGGAGUCAGACACCUCGUUUGUCUGUGCGAGAGGAAACCACCGAACCACGACGCCUGCCCAGAGCUGCAGCUUCACCACAUCAAGAUAACGGACUUCACUCCUCCUUCUCCCAGUCAGAUUGAUCAAUUUCUCUCCAUCGUGGAAGGAGCCAACUCCAAAGGAGAGGGCGUGGCCGUCCACUGCAUGCACGGCCACGGCAGGACGGGCACCAUGCUGGCCUGCUACCUGGUGAAGAGCAGGAAGAUGUCCGGGGGCGACGCCAUCGCCGAGAUCCGCAGGAUCCGGCCCGGCUCCAUCGAAACCCACGAACAGGAGAAGGCCGUGGUGCAGUUCUUCCAGCGCACAAAGUAGCUUUUCCUACGACGGCGAACGUGGAAUUAUGUCUGCACUGGAAGUGGAUGCACGCAGCGAUUUGGAAAUGAGAUGUAGAGAUGGGGGAGCGCGUGUUAAAAGUACAUUCAAUUUAAAUUAAUCACUAAUUCUGAUGUUGCCGUUACUGGGACAAAGGGUUCUGGUUAUAAAGACGCACACCCUGCCUUGUUUGUUGUACUGCGCCUUAGAAAAGCGCUCAUUGUUUCACAUCUUGUCACCUUUCAACCAACAACUUUAACGUGUUUUAGUCUGAUUUUAUGGAAUUACACUUUUUGAUUUAUUACACUUUAAAAUCCUAUUAAAAUUCACAGAAACCCGUGCAUGUAAUGCAACAAGAAAAUUUUAUUAUUUAUUUAUUUUUAACUUCUGUUCAGAAAACCUUUGACCUUCACUUAAGCGCUUGUUGCCAGGGAGAAAAGACGCCGACGCUCCCUGAAUGUGAGCUUCUCAGGAGCCGACGCCAUCUUGAUUUUCUCCGCCGGCUUCCUGCCAAAGCGAGACCACACAGAUACUUGAAAUUAGUGGUUUCCACGGACACAAGCAAGUUGUUGUGUUUCAUGUACAGGGUCUGAGAAUUAGUGUCGCUCAGGGAUAACUUUUUAUUUCUUAGCAUUUGUGAACGCUGAACAUGUUCUGGACCCUAAACGUGCUUCAAAGUGUAAACUCACUCAUCUGACGCUGCUUUCAGUCCAUUUUCUCUGGGAUCUGCCAAAAACAUAAAGGAAUGCAAAAUUAA